ACGAGCUCUGACUACUUCCGGUAGAGUAGAAGAAGAGGCCGGCGGUAAUGCUAGCAUUAGCUUCAGCGGUUUACACCACAGACUGAGUUAAUCUAAAAUAUAAUAAUAAUAUAAAUACACAUAAAGGUCUCAGGUGUAGUGAUUCACAGUGCGGAUACACAGCUUUACUCUCAGGGUUUAAUGUUUGACGCUGAGAACGAACUACCAGCAGGUCUUCGUCUCUGACAUGAGCAGCCCUCAGAGGAAGAGAAGAGGAACAGGAAGUGCUCCGGUUCCCAGACUCCGCACCAAGACCGCCAGACGAGCUAACGCUAGGAUAGCAUCUAACACUAACAGUGUGGCGAACAGAGAAGCUAGCAGAGAAGCUAGCA